AUUAGCUCCCUCCCAGGCCUACAAUAAGCUCGGAAUCCAAGAUGGCCGCCGAAACUGAAGUUGAAAUAAAAGGUUUAAAAAGACCUCUAGUCGAAGAUUACAGCGACGAUGAUGAGGAAGAAGAAUACGUACAUAAAGGUUAGCAAUUGUCCCUUUAGUUUGGUAGCUAAAAUGGCCACUUGAGCCGCUCAAACGGUAGAUAUUAACUCUGUAAUAUAGGUUAACUAGUGACCACAGUAUAGCUGAAAAUGACCAGCAGCUAGUCAGGCCAGGGUUAUUACCAUUACUUUAUGACUGGUUUGCAAUCAUACCAAGUAUUAGCUGAAAAUGACCAGCGGCUAGUCAGGCCAGGUUAUUACAUUACUUUAUGACUGGUUUGCAAUCAUACCAAGUACAAUCAAUAUGCAAUUUUUAUCCUGUACUGAGCUCAAAAGAGAACUGAUAUGUGCAUAUGUCUGUGUAUUAAAUACCCAAGAAUCUUCCUUUUAUAUUAAAAUACAACCUAUCCAGACAAAAGAGCUAGAAGCUAGAUUGCAUGUGAUAUACACAAGCAAUGAUUCUGAAAAACUUGUGCCUAAUAUUUCCCAGAUAGUUCAUCCAAUAUUGUAUUUAUACGCAUAGUCGGAUCAUAUUUCAAGAUGAACUAUUGCCCAGAUUUUUCUGAACAGAAGAACCAUUGAUAGCUUGUCUUGAGAGAUGAUCCGUCUGUUUGCCGCAUUUAUACAUCGACAUUUCUCAGAUGAACUAUCCGGCCUCUUUCUACCAGAAUUCCUCCAUGCAAAUUGUCUACCCCUUGUAUAAAUUGAUCAUAGUUAAUUAUCACAUUUCAGAUGAAUAUGUAAACAAAAGCCGACAAUGUCCCUACCUGGAUACAAUUAACAGGUAUAGAUGAUCAAAUUCCAUUUCCUGUAUCCGGCCCUAUGCAGAAUUCUAAAAAUAAAUCAAAACAAUGACUGAACUAGAUGGUUUGGAGAACAGUGGGAUUUUCAAAACAAUGACAGAUAACAGAACUUUCAAUCAUGGAUCGUGACUGAAUGGCACUAUUUUUCAUUUUAGGCAAAUUCUUGAUUUUGACUUUGAGAAGCUGUGUUCAAUAUCAUUGUCACAUACAAAUGUCUAUGCUUGUCUUGUCUGUGGAAAAUAUUUCCAAGGUAAAACCAAAUUUCUUUAGAUUUCUGCAAUAUGCAGUUGCCUGAUUAUAAUUCCCCCCCUCAGUCACAUGUGAGAAGAGUGCUUCCAAUUUGACUGUACCAAAAACCAUUCUGGUUCCCUCCUAGAAAUUGAUGGUAACUUUGGUUUGUAUUUAUUGCAUUUGUUUCAGGUCGUGGUAAACAUUCCCAUGCUUAUACCCAUAGUGUUCAAGUUGGUCACCAUGUUUUUCUUAAUUUACAUACAUUGAAGGUAAGAUGAAACCAUCACCAUUACCACUACCAUCAUCAUGCACCACCACCAUCUUCACCACUGCUACAAUAAUCAUCAUUACUAUCAUCGUCACCACUAUAAUUAUCACCACCAUCAUCAUCAUCACCAUUAUCACCAUUACUGCCACCAUCAACACAACCAUGUACAGUACCAUAACACUACCACCACCAUAUACCAUUGUCAUCACCACCAUGCACCAAAAUCGCCACCACUAACAUAACCAUUAUCACCACCACAUAUCAUCAUCACCACCAUCAUCAUCAUCACCACCGUCAUCAUCAUCGCCACCAUUACCAUCAACAUCACUAUAUAUUGUACUUCACCAUACGGUGUACCGGUAUAGUGCUUGUUAGUAAUUACAGUACUGUACAUGUCAAAAUUUUGAUUUUCAGUUUUAUUGUUUACCUGACAAUUAUGAAGUUAUUGACUCGUCCUUGGAUGACAUAAAGGUACUCCACCACAUAUAUGUACCAUACUAUACAUACAUUCCACCCAUAUUCUGUUUGAACCAUAUACCAAUCCUAUGAGUGCCAACCAUGUGUUGUUACUCUGUUUCAGUAUGUGCUCAACCCAACAUUUGAAAAGUCUGAAGUAGCACAACUAGAUAAAACAAACAAACUAUCAAGAGCUUUUGAUGGAACAACCUAUCGUCCAGGUAUUACAAAAAUAAUAACUUUAUUUAUACUGGAUAGUUCCAUCAUUCUAAACUGCUCUUCCUAGAGAUCCAGUAAUGAUCAUCUCUUAUUAUUGGUCCAGUGGCAUUACAGGAGGAAACCUAAACUAAACUAACUUUAUUUAUACUAGAUAGCUCUAUCAGUUCUAAACUGUUCUUCCUAGAGAUCCAGUAAGGUUCAUCUCUUAUUGAUCCAAUGUUACUACAGGAGGAAACCUAAACUAAACUAACUUUAUUUAUGCUGAAUAGCUCUAUCAGUUCUAAACUGUUCUUCCUAGAGGUCCAGUAAGGAUCAUCUCUUAUUGAUGCAGUGUUACUACAAGGGGAAACCUAAACUACAUGUAAACUAACUUUAUUUAUACUGGAUAGAUCUAUCAGUUUUAACCUUUUCUACCAAAUGUCCAGUAACUGUCACACCCCAGGUUUACAGCAGGAAAUGUGAACUAUUUUGCUACAGGUAUAUCUAUUGUUUCAUGUAGGUGUGGUGGGUUUAAAUAACAUCAAAGAAAACGAUUACCUUAAUGUAGUUCUGCAGGUCGGUUGCUGUCUCCUUAAUCAUCAGUUUCCAAAAUAAUUCAAAUUCAAACUUAUCUCUUCUUUAUCUAUUCCAGGCAAUGUCAUUUGCCCCCACAAUUCGCGAUUUCUUUCUACGUGAAGAGAACUACAAAGACAUCAAAAUGCCUUCAGGAGAUAUUUCGUUUAUUUUAGGUAUUUUUAUUCCACUGACGUAAUUUACAGGGUGUAGUGGUUUACUACUGAAGUUUCUCUAUUCUAUGUUACUAGCGCAAAGAUUUGGUGAAUUAUUGCGAAAAUUAUGGAAUCCAAGAAAUUUUAAGGCCCAUGUCAGUCCUCAUGAAAUGCUUCAGG